GAAAAACACUUUCUGAAGCGUAUAUCGAAUUGGCGACACCUGCGGAGGCACACCGUGCGGUUGAUACACGUAACAUGAAACCGUUAAAGGGACGUCUCGUUUCAUGUAUGAGAUCAUCUCAGGAAGAUCUUAUGAGAGCGGUCUUUCCAAAAUGGAAAGGGGAAUUUUCUGGUUGCGACGCUGUCGUGACUUCGGAAAUGUUACAAUCAACACCAACUGUACCGCAUAUUCCAUUUAUCACGAGAGAAGAAAUGAAUUCGCUUUUGGUAGUUUGCCGAAAUUAUAAGAUGCGCGCUGGUAUUAUGACUCCAGUUUUUACUGAACGUCAAAAAUUAAUGAUUCUUCAAGUGUCUGGCAUGGCACUCCCUGCAGAUUUGCAAGAUCGGUUAACUCCUUUUAAGAAGGAAGAAACGGAACAAGGCUCUGAAACUCAUAAUCAA